ACUCGGCUCACUGGAACGUUUGCUGAGCGCCGGGGGGAGAGAGAGUUCUGUAGUAGAUAGCCUUUUUCCUUCGUAGUAUGAGCGCAUGAUUCUCGAGAGCGACUGUUGGAAAAUUUGCAAAAUAUUAUCCUUCUAUGAGUGCUCACUGAUGUUUGUAGUGUGCCGUAGUCAGGCAGGGACUGGUGAAUAUCACUGUUUUUCCCGAUUGGGGAACAAGAAAAGGAAGUAGAUUUUUCCUAUCAGAGUGCAUUCGGAAAUAAAACGCAGUGGAAAAAUCUUAACUGCAAGAGAUUUUUCAGGACGAAAACGUCCGAUUGGUGUGUUUGGAUGCUGUUGCAGUUGAAGUGUGAAAAUUAUUGGGUGGAAAAUGUCUACUACUAGUGAGCAGAAUUGUGAUGUGCAUCUGCAUGCGGAGAUCGAGGUGUUGAAGAACGCUCUCGCCGAUAAACACUCGCAAUUGUUGGCCAUGGAGAACGCCUGCCUGCAGGAAAGUGAUCGUCAGGUUGAGCUGGAGGACAGCGUCAUCGCCUGGCAGGAUAAGUACGAUCGGCUGUAUGAAUCCCACAAGCGGGUCCAGAAGGUGAACCAGAACCUGGAGGACAAGCUGCUAAAGCUGGUGGACCGGAACUCGGGCGAGCGAGCGCAGCUUACAAGUGAUGUAGCCACGCUCAGCGUGCGGUUGGCCCAAGCCAACUACAACAUUCAGAGCCUCAAGAGAGAGAUUGAACGAUACAAAACAGACAUGAGUGUGGCCAUCCAGCUGCUGCAGUGCAAACCGGACAGCUUCGUUUCCCCAAAACUUUCCUCGCUUCCCAUUGAAAUCCAGUCAAAGGUUGCCACAUACAUGCGUCUCGACACAAACUCCCACUCGGACUCGGAGGGCAGCACUAGUGGGGUGGGGAUGGCGACUGCCAGCUCCUACCACGUGUUGCCGGCCUCCGACAGUCCACCGCCAAUGUGUCCCUUCCCGCCAACCGCAAUGGUAUACUCAAUGCGAGGACUCGGUAAGUAUGUGAACCAGUCAUCAUCACAGGACGGUGGCGGGGGAGGCGGAGGAGGAACCGCUGGCGGUGGGGGUAGUUGUGGAAAACUUUCUUCGCAGCACGAGACGAUGUCCCUGGGGAACAUAAACAGCAGUGACAGCUUCCUCGGAACGGUCCGGGGCAGUCGCAACGAUCACAACGUCGUCUCACCGUCCGUGAUGGCAAAGUUUCUCGAAGAUGAACUCAAGUCUAGCGAGGCCCUGCUGAACUCUCCCGUCAAGCACUGCGAGACCUGUGUUUGCACCAGAAAUACCGCCCUCAAUAGUGGCUCACUUAUAUUGGCCGAUUUGCUGGGAGACGGCCAGAAGUACUACAACGUUGGAACGCAGACUGUCAUCAAGGGGGAAACGAAUAAUUCGCUUUGCCUGCGAUGUAACAAUAAUCUGAACUCGCCGUCCCACCACAAUAGUCCUUACAUAAUGAAGCUGAUCAAAUCCAGUGAUAGUGUCAUAUCGGAGACGAAAAGUAGUGUGUCCGAUUUCCUUACGACGCCGGAUAAAACGUCACCUAACGGUGGCAGCGGCAAUCAAGAGCUACUCCAGCCUAUCAAGAAGGAUGACCUGAUGGUUAACCCAAUACUUGGUCAUCAUCGUAUCAAUGAAAGGUGCGGUACUUACACAUCACCGAACUCGGAUCCCCCGGGAAGCUUCGGGCUGAAUAAAAGCAAUAAUCUUGCCGGCUCGAAAAGCGGCAAGCUGACACUGAUUACCCACAGCAAAAAGCCGGUAGAUGCGGUGAAAUCGGUGAAAGCACAAAGCACGAUUGCAGUUCCGAUGGGGGGAAAAUACACCAACGAAUCCCCAUCGUACAUAAUCAAGGAUACCGACCAGAUGAGCGGAAGCCACACGCUGCAGACGCCCAAAUCGAGCGUCGGUGGGGGUGGCGGCGAAAUCGGCAGUCUCAGUGGACCGGGCAAGAUAUCAUCCGGUGGUCCGGUUGGUAGUGGGUUGUAUCACGCCAUCGGAAGCACCAACAGUCUGUGGAGCAGAACCAGCAGCCGAGAGCGUGAUGGGGCGAAAAUCUUCGAGAAUUUCAAUCGAAAUCUUAUCAAAACUAUAAAGGCUGAAAAUCCAAAGAUGUCGGGGCCCCGAAUUUGUGCGUUACGAAUUCAGAACGGGUCGAGCAACAUAUUGCUGGAUAAUCUGCAGGAUGAUGUUUUAGAGGAGUGUGUAGAUAGUAAGCAAUCGGUGGCGCCUGUGAUCUAUACUCGACGGGCUAAAUUCCUAGACGAAGAACUGUUGCUUGAUGACGAUCCUUCGAUUGGAUUGAAUGGUGCCAUCAAAACUACCAGCCUUCCGACCGCUAUUUCUAGCAUACAAGAUAGCAGUAGUGAGAGCAAACAGAUCCCAACUAUUGCGAAUGUUCCAAAUGGAGUCAUUACCAGUGCCCCUAUUGCGGGAAAUAAUGCCCCAGAAGGAAUGAACAAUGAUGGCCAUAUGAGCACCACCACAUCACUGAACUCCUCGGAUCGGCUAUGCACGAUCGGGGAGGAGAUCAACAAUUUGAUACUGAACACAAAAAUGAGUUCGAAUGUUGUUACGACCAAGCCAAGACCGGAUAUCAACGUGAACAAACUCGAAGGCAUCGAUAUGAAUUCGAAGAAAUCCUGUACACAAUCCAGUUCAAUCUCCAGUGAAAUAGACAUUCAGGAAAGCGCUAUGCUGAGACGUCAGCAGCUCUCCCGGGUGGCAGAAUGGGUGCAGAAUAAUUCAAAAAUAGCCAAUCCGGAACAUUUGAGCAACACAGAGUCAGAUAACGAGAACUUAGCGCUUGCUUCAGCCACAUCGCUCACCAUAGCCGAUAGUAUCAAUAAUAACAAUAAUGGACAAGGCAUUGGCACCGCGGUCGACUCAAAGGACAGCUUUACCCAUGAAACCAAACUUGUAGUUAGUGAUUUAAAAAUUAGUCAUAGUAAUAGCAGUAAUAGCAUGGCACAACCAACGCGUAGCGAUAAUAUUCAUAGCAAUAGCAAUUCCCACAAAAAUAAUCACAUCAUCGUCACCAGCAACAGCAACAGCAACAAUAUUUUUGCUCAACCCUGCAGUAAUGCCACUAUGAGAGGUCACACAAGCCUCAAGGCAGCCAUCGCUAGUAAUGUGUCACAGCUGGAUUACAAUAGUAACAACUACAGCAAUUACAAUACAAAAUCAACGGGCAGUAGGCAACCCAUUUACACGGGUAGUAAGCAUUCUUUGCUGGAUUGCUCUAGGCAGCAGCAGCAGCAGCAACAACAAGAGGAGUUGACACUGAGUGCCGAAUCACAGCUGCGUCCACAUAUGGAACCAGGCGACCAGGAUGACAGUAACAGUGUGGACUUGGCCCAAAUGGAGUACAACGUGAAGCAGUUCCUGUUGAAGCAAAACGAGUGGUCAUCGCUCUCGAGAAAGCUAUCAUCGGCGACAACAACCACGGGGAAAAUCGAUCAACAACAUCCUAUAGCGGACGAGUCGUCGGCGAAUAAAAUGACAACAGCCGAGCGUCCCAUCACAUUCGGCAGCGUGAGGAGUAGUGAGAUGGGGGUGAGAGGAAGUUUCCCUGGUACUGCCGUAGCCCAGACGCCCCAGUUCCAUAUGCAGAAAUACACCAUCAAUCCACACAGGACCGAAACGAAUCUGUAAACAUUUCGCAUAGCAGUCAUAUAUGUUCUAAAUUGGUAGAAAGUGUUGUUGGAUGGGAGCUAUCGAAGUUUAAACUACUAAAGAUAAUUGAACCUUUCCUUAAAUCUUAUGUUUAUUAAGCCUGCUUCAAAAUAGUUUUGUCGCGCCGUGCGGCCUUACGGCCAUUAUGACCACGGCGUCGCUGGAAGGAUUCACCAGAAAGAUUUUUUUCAUCAGCACCUUCAGGCGCCCCGUUUGAGUGGUUGUUUGCUGCUCAGACACAGUCGGUCUCGACUGACACUUCCGCAUAAAAAUAUUCACCGUUUAACCGGUUGCUCCGACCUCCCGGCCCAAUAUGCGGAACGAUAAGGCCAGCUCACUCUACAACUUGUGCUGCCUUUUACGGUCGCGCAGCAUCGUCGGUCAAAACCAGGCAUCCGUUCGAUGCGGACGCCUUUUUACAGCAGGAAGGUGAUGUUGUAAAUGCUGAAUCUACUAUGUCCUUCGCUCCAGGGAGUGACAGGAAGUGAAUCAUUCCCAUACAUGUCAUCAGUUGGACAUGGUAGCUCCUAAUGCUGAACUCAGCUCCUCUUGCGUUUUGCACUGGUUUUCAUUGAGCAAUCUCACCAAUCCAGGGUCUUUAAAAAUUUUUAACAUGCCUUCAUAAGGACGGUCGGAGUAACUACACUCUGUCCAACUUCUAUAAGACCACCCUGAUUCUAUUUCGUUGCAACACAAACAGUUAGAAUUUCAACAAGAUACAUUAAUACAUUGUUAAAUGGUUAGAAUAAAGCAUAUUUAACGUCAAUUCCGUUCAAAAGAGUUGUUUGUUUAUUUAUUGUGCUUGAAUAUGAUAAUUUCAGCUGUCCAGUUUCUAUAAGAACACUUCAAAAUUCAUAAGUAUUAUCGAUGAAAAAUUCAAAACAAUCGGCUGAUUUACAUGUCAAUAAUUGGUAACCUUGCCAUUUCGACUUAUAACCUUGAAAAUUCGUGUUGUAAUACUAUUUACCAAAUUCUGCUGAACGGAUUUCUUCAUAUUUUACCAUGUCUCCGAAAUUGCGACUUUGAGCGCUUCUGUCGUGGUGUACCGUUCUCCAACAGUGUAGAAUCUGCGUACAAGGAUCCCCCCUAAAUUUUUCAACAGGAUUCAAGUCGGGAGAACGAGCCGGCCAGUCCCAAAAAAAUAGUUUUUGGUCCAUAAUCCAUUGCUUAGUUUACUUGCUGGUAUGAAUAGUAGCAUUGUUUUGCUGGAAUGUAAUUUUUUUGUGACGAUAACGAUAGGAGAGAGUAUUCCAGAACAUGUGUGUAAUCCUUGAAUGAUGUGAAAGCUAUCUUGAGCUUCCCGGUUGCACAGAUUCCCGCCCAAACCAUGCACAAGCCUCCACCAAAAUUCCAGGUUGAAAAAUACUGUUCCUUCUUUCGUAAAUCCCGCCAGUACCCGUUUCAACCAUGAGGACCAUCCAAAUUGAACUUUUUUUCGUGAGUGAAGAUAACCUAUAGUUUGAAGAACUCUUCGUUAUGGUAUAUGGCAAAAUGUAUUCUUUUGGAAACAUUAUUUGUCACAACAUACCAUGUCCCACUGUCGGUUCAUGUGAGCUUUGGCAAAACGCAGACGUCUUCCGAUGUGAUGGUGUAAGAUGAGGAGUUUUAACCAUUUAAGCCCUCUUUAUGUGAGGAUUUUUUACCAAAAUUUGACGAAUUGUCACCCGAGUAACAUUUAAAUGGAAAUAUUGCUUUAUUUGGAUUAGUGAUUUCGUAGUAUUCGAAGCUGUUCCAGCUAUUUCCCGCUUAUCCCGGUUAGAGAGCUUCGAUUUACGUGGAACUCUCUCCUUCUUAUCGUAUCCUUAAGGGUUCGCCAAUUAAUUGAGCACUUCUUGAUGGGAUCGUCCAAUCCAACAAGUUAUUUGUCUGAUACCAACAUUUUCUUGGUGAAAUGCAUCUAUUUGGCCUUCUUCACUCUCUUUGAGCACUUUUUUCUUCGGAAUUUUCCAGAUUGAUUGAUCGAAACAACUAAAACAACGGAAAAUGUAACUGGUCUUACAGAAACUUGACACUUGAAAAAUACAAAAACAUUCGUAGUAGUCACCAAACCUACACACUAGAAUAUGAAUUGAAGCAUUGUUUGUUUACAAUGACACAAAGCAGCAAGAUCCUCACCUGGACUUAUAGAUGUUGGACAGUGUGUAUAAUCGGUGUAUCGCCCUCGAAGGCAAUUAUGUUGAAUAAUAAAAUUGAAUUUUGCAACAAAAAUAGUUUUACUGUGUUACCUUAUAAACUUUUCAGCCGAACUGUUAGUAACUGGAUCUGCAUAGUUUUGGAAGACGAAUAAAUAAGAAAACAUCGGACACAACAAUGAUCGUAUCAACUGUUUUCGUUGUACGGUCUACUGAACAAUGGAAGACCAGAAGGAAUACUCUUACGCCUAAAUAGCUACUGUGUUAUUUACAAUUUAUAGAUACCACAAAUAUGUAACAUGUACAAUACUAGAUCCGGCUCUGUUACAGCGAAAUUGCUAAUGACCCUAAAUAAAUGAACAAAUGGGAUAAAAAAACAGUCUCUACACAGUAGUCUUUUCGCUCAGAAAAAUGGGGAUUUCUAUAGUCUAGUGAAGAAUCAGUUCGAGUCCAAAGACGUUAUCAACGAAGAUUCGUUCUGAUGAUGGCGUCGAGUAUACAGGUGAAGUGCUGUGGUGUAUGUUUACGAAGUCAUAGCUGAGCAAGCUACUUGCAGAAUCGUUUGUCAUAAUUUACAGUAUGCAACACACCGUUUGAGCUCAGGAAUGAAAAACAACCUUUCGAAGACAAACGUGCUUAUUCUCAAAAGGAAACGGCGUUAGCUGGAUCUUGGAGUGUUUAAGAAUAAGCAGAAGGAUGGAGGAUGGAUUUUCGUUGCUAAAUCUCUAAAUGGCAAUGUUCGUUGAAGUAUUAGUAGUAGCAGCUUAGAGCACAAUAUCUGCGAUGAUAGUUUAUUUAUUACUUUUUUCUGACCCGGCAAACUUCGGCCCGCCCAAAAUUUAUUUUUCGUUAUCACAUUCACGUUUUCUUACAAAGCGCACGUUCAUGGGUCCAAUCGCAGAACUGUUCAUUGAUUGAUCUUCUAGUUUACCCUUUAAAAUUACUUUUUACAGUAAGAUUCCUAGUAAUUCUACCAAAACUCGUCAUUAUAAUAUUAGAUGAUUUUCAGACAAAAUUCUCUAUCAGGAUUUUUCAACCACUUGCAAAUAACAUAUUUCUCCGUUACAUGGAAUAAACGUGAUGAAUGAUAGAAUAAAACCAGCCCUAAAUCGGACAAUUCCUUUCUCGAGUUUUGCUCAUAUCAACACAUUCGGUGAUCCAUUUUUAUUUAAAUAGAUAGAAGAAGAUAUAGGAGUGCGUUUUAUCACAUUAAAAUCCAUUCCCACAUUCGAGCAAAAAUCAAUUUCGUUAGCGCAAACAUCAAAUGGACUGAUAACGCUUGUCAAUAUGUAAUUGUAGAACAUAUGCGAAUUGAAUUUUACGAAUUUUCCCAUUUUCCUUCAAAGUUUUCCGAAAAUUUUCAAUUGUCAUGUUCGAUUGGAAUAUGUUUGGUUUAAAUAUGUGUAUUAUUUUUACAGGACCCCUCCUCCAUUUCAGUUUGUUUCAUACCAUCAUGGAAACAUUUCUCGUAUCCAAAAACCCCCACACCCCAUAUUUGGCUCCAUUUGCUUGAUUAGCUCUCGAGUCAUGUAGAAGUUUGAGUUUCAUUCGUAUGGCAGUCCCCUUGCCUUUAGAGAGGGGGAAGGAUUUGUCAAACCACCAUGUAAACAAUCAUUGCCCCCUAAAUUCUCCAUAUGCCAAAUUUGUUUCCGUUUGCUUGAUUAGUUUUCGAGGUAUACAGAAAUUCGGGUUUCAUUUGUAUGGCUGCCCUCCACUACAGAGGGAGGAGGAGUGUCAAUUCACCAUAGACACGUUUUCUCCUCAACCUCAACAUGCCAAAAACCUCAACAUGCCAAAUUUGGCUCGUUUUGCUUGAUAAAGAGAGGGGAGGGGAGAGGAGUGUCGAGCCACCAUAGAAACGUUUAUCGUUCCCUUAAACCUUUAUAUGCCAAGUUUAAUUCCAUUUGCUUGAUUAGUUCCGGAGUUAUUCAGUCCCCCUCCCCUUAGGGAAGGGGAGAAGUGUCAAUCCACCAUAGAAACAUUUUUUGCUUCCUGAAACCUCCACAUGCCAAAUAUAGUUCUAUUUGCUUGAUUAGUUUUUGAGUUAUGCAGAAAUUUAUGCUUCAAUUGUAUGGCAGCCCCCCUCUCAGAGAGAGGGAGGAGUGCCUAUUCACCAUAGAAACGUUUCGUGCCCCCUAAAACUUUCACAUACCAAAUUUGGCUCCACUUCAAUGAUAAGCUUUCAAGUUAUACAGAAAUUUACGUUUCAAUUGACGUGUUUUGUGCCGUGCUUUGCACCAUAUUUCUAUACCCGUAUUACACCGCGCAUGAAUCUGGUUUGCUUUCUCGGUGGAGUAAUUUUUCUUCACACAAGCGUAUGCGGUUGGUAUGGAGGCGUGCUGUUGUUCUUAUGCUUUGCGUAGAACGCGCGAAGACAAAACGGGCGCUAGAACUUGAUGUAUGUGUGUAUGUAUAAAAUGAGGCGCGCAUCACACAAAUGAGAAGCGAUGUUUAGUAUCAGAAUUCUGCGCUGGGUUCAUUCGGCACUCUCGUGUUUAUGAAUUUGGUACACUCCGAAACAAGAGAGAAUACGUGUUUGUUUUCUGAAAACAGCCUUUUUUGCGCGAUUUUUUGUGUGGUUUGCCAGGUUUGCCUGUAUUGAAAUCGAUUUGCAACAAGAUGGUGCAACAUGUCACACCGCCUAUGUCGUCCAGCACACGAAUAAUUAAGUGUAAUGGACCCCCGAAUUCGCCGUUGAACGUUUUUUAUGACCAUGUGAAUUUUGUAGUCUAUGGUGAUAAGCCGCAAAUUAUUGAGUUCUUGAGUGGUUCUAAAACGUAAAAAUGGCCAAUGUUCCCGUUAUAAAACCAUCCUUGAAAUAACUGCAAUCAUCGGUUUGAUCGAUGGAGGAAUUGUUUUUCAGAUUACAGAAUAACAUCCAACAGCACUUCCUUCCAACAACUGAAGACCACCACAGAAAACCUAUCGGUUCAGACAUUACUUUGAAUCAAAAUCGCAACACACAUAAGCGUGAUAUCUGAGAUUAGAAAAAAAUCACACAAAAACGCUCCUCACAUUUAUUAUACCUUCGUUUCACUGUGUUAUGAAGCCAAAAACUAUAUAAACCAUAGCUAGUCAAUGUGAUAAUGAAAUCAAUUUUAAUGUAUCAUUCCCUGAUGCAGUGAUGGAUGCCAAUGAAAGUAUAUCCAAAGAAUGAGCCAAAUGGUGAAUGUGUAUGGAAUUAUUCUCACAAACUCGGUGUUCAGUUUUACACAUAUACUAAGUAGCGAUUAGCUCUUUACGUUUCCUCGCCGUGUAACAAUACUCGCUUGUAAAAUGUCAUUGAGAGAGGUCAUAUUGAAAAUAUAAACAGAUAUUACAUACAUCUCUAUCCAAGACUGUAGUCUGUUACGGGCUAGAGUGAAAAGUCAGAUGAGCCAAUUGUAACCAGAACCAUACGAUCAACCCAAUAUGGAUGGAAAGGAAGCCAUACAAGUGAAGCACAGCAUCCAGUAGAGCGGAUCCAUUCGCUUUGAAUGCCUUUUUGGAAACAACAUAUAUAAUAAAAACAAUGUAAAACAUUAGAGCAGAAAAUGUUGAAAAUCAGAUAAAGUGUACCAAAAAUCCGUAUGUUACCAAAAAUCAAAUACACCUAGCAAAACUAAGUGCAACGUAAAUGCACUCUGAACGCCUUGCGACCAACAAAAUCAGUUUACGCUUUUUAGCAGAAACUAGGAAACGCCCUCUGAGAUCAGACAGAUAGCUUUCAGGAACAAGCAUGUAUAUUUAAAAAGAAGAAGCGUAAUCGAAAGACUUGCAGCUUAUCAGUGAUGAUAGUCGAUUACAUCAACAGUGGAAAUCCCCAAAAUAUCAUACCCUUUCCUACUCGAAACCAAUUAUUAGAUUACAUUGCUAUGAGUUCUGCCUUUCUCCAUAUAUACUGUGUAUCUAUAUCUAUCUAUCUACAACGUAAGAUUAAUUAGGAAAACGUAAAAUGCUAUACAUAUACAGCUAUCUAGUUGAACUAUCGAUAAGUGGAGCUUGUUUCGAAUGAACAAAAAAAAGGGUUUUAUUUACAACCGCUGAGUGGUGAGGUGAACCGUACCGUACCGUAUAGAAUGCGUUAUUCUGGCUUUCAGAAACGAGCUUGCAACUAUUUUACAUCUAGUAAUAGUGAGUUUAUAUGCGGGAUGUUGAUAAUUCUCAUCUCAACAAACCUAGUUGAAUCAGCCAUAACGCCAUAUAUUUAUGUAUGAAUUCUUGUUUCGGACAGUUUGCUGUUGCUUACAUCUGUUUCUAUGCUGUCCCACUUUGUCUAUUUGGUGUUGGUUAUAUUUUUUUUAAAUAGGUUACGAUCUUGUUCAGUCGUUUUUUUUGUAGAACAUUUCUCUGGUGGUUUCUUACGAUUGCUUGUCCAGGGUCUUUGAAGGCAAAUUUCGUUUCUAUCACAACUAAUCAAGUUUAACCUGAUUUGAUUUUUUCGUUUUUUUUUCGUGUAAGGAUCUUCUAUCCUACUUCAAUUUUUUUGUCAAUGGAACAGCAUGGGGAU